ACACGGUUGCCAUGGAGCUGCAUCAGCGGUGGGAGAACUCAGAGACUAACUGGCACAAAGAGAAGAUGGAAUUGCUGGACCAGUUUGACAAUGAAAGAAAGGAAUGGGAAAGUCAAUGGAAGAUAAUGCAGAAGAAGAUAGAAGAGCUCUGCCAUGAAGUAAAGCGUCGGAGGAAAAUCAACAUGAGUGAACGUGCUAAGGUCAUUGAUCUUGAUUGUGAGAAGGCUGUUGGAGAUAAAAUGGAAUCUUCUCCAGAUUACCCCAAUUCAGGACAAUGUAAAUUUACAGGGGUACAUCCCAGGGAUGUUCUGGGGAAAAAAGAUAAAACAGAGCAGAGUUUACUCAGGGAAAGAAAUCAAGUGUGCAAGGAACAAAAAACAAUCAAAAAAUCAAAAGUAGGGUAUAUGGAUUCUGAAGCCAGAGACAACCAAAAAGAAUGUGAGGCCCGGCCUGACCUGAGGACUUCUGAGGCAGAGAACAAGAGCUGCUCUGGCGCCCUCAACACAGCUCUUGAAGAACUUGCCAAAGUUAGUGAAGAAUUAUGCAACUUUCAAGAGGAAAUUCGAAAGCGGUCUAAUAACCACAGAAGGAUGAAGUCAGAUUCUUUUCUCCAGGAAACACCAAAUGUAAUGAAUACUCCUCGUGGAGAUCACAUGAUCAACAACAGCCAGUGCAUUCCUUCAACCAGUUUAGAAAAUGAGAAACGGAAAAACAGAAAAAAUCUGAGCUAUGCCAAUGUUUUCCAGAACAAUUCCAAGAAAAAAGAUGGAAUUGAUACAACUGACCUGAAAAGAAGUGAAACCCCACCAAUUCCUCCUCCAAGAAGCACAUCUCGAAAUUUUCCCAGCUCAUAUUGUGCACAAGCCCAUGAAAGUUGGAAGGAAUGUUUAGACCACAGCAGCUGGGUGGCCCAAGGGGGUCGAGGUGAAAAGAACAGCCACCCUCAUUUCUUCUGGAAGCAUGAUGAGAUGCCUCUGCUGGGUCUAAAUGAAGGGAAGACUCUGAAUGAUGGUAUCACGUUUCCUUCUUUGGCACCAGAAGCCAAAGUAGAUAACAAGCCUUCAUAUAAUGAAAAUGUUGGACUUAGCAUGUGGUCGUGCAACACUGGGGUUUGUGCAAAAAAUAGCCCCUCCACACUGUGGUUUCAGAAAGUCUGCUCUACUCCCAAUAAGCCAAAAUAUGAAAAGGUAAUUCCAGAUCACCCUGCUAAAUCUCCUCCUGAUCUUCAUAUAAGCAAUGACUGUGGCUCCUUAGCGUCACAGAGCAGCGGCCCACCGAGAAGUUGCAGUUAUGGCUUUGAAAAGACGACCGGGAAUGAAAAGCUGGCAAAAAAGACUGACGAAUUUAACAGAAUCGUAUUUAGAACAGAUAGAAAUUGUCAUGCUGUACAACAAAGCCAGAGCUGCUCAGAACCAUCUGAAGAUCUUCAGCCCUGUGAGACUUUGACUGCGUGCACAGCCAACGUCUCAGACAGUGACAGUGUUUCUGACGUUCUGAAAACCAGUGCUGCCAUGCCUAUGCCCAGGGAAAAUGUGCCUGAUGAUUCUUCCAAAAAACCCACAACAGGCCAGUUCAGACCAACCCAGGAGCCCGUAAGCCCUAGCAGUUACCGGAAUAUGCUUCACGAGCAUGACUGGAGACCAAGUAACUUGUCUGGCCGGCCAAGGUCAGCAGACCCCAGAUCAAAUUAUGGUGUGGUGGAAAAGCUGCUGAAAACCUAUGAGACAUCCACGGGGUCUGCAUUGGAGAAUUCUAGAUGCUUCCAGGCCAACUGGACCAAAUGUAGUUCUGAUGUCAGUGGUGGAGCCACAUUAGGUCAGCAUUUCGAAAAGCUCCAAAUAGAACAAGAGCUUGAGCAUAAGACAGCAAUGCAUGGAGCACAGCAAGUGAAGCAAGGAGUAGAUCGGAAAAAGGUAACUGAGGAAUCCAUGGCAGUGAAAUCCUCCCCUGGAAAAGGAUUUUCCCGACCUGCCAGACCAGCAAAUCGCCGUCUCCCAUCCAGAUGGGCAUCUAGAUCUCCUUCAGCACCCCCUGCCUUGCGGAGAACUGCCCACAACUUCCCCAUUCCUCUGUGAUCAGAAGCUUCGAUGGUCUAAGUCUCUGACCUGAAUUGCUAGACUACGAAAGUCCCAAUUGCCAAACAGAGUAUUCCAAGUGUUUACAACCAAUUCUGUCUCUUCUGUAUCUUUCAAGGUUACUGGGACAAUUUAAACCUUAACUUCCCAUCAGUCUUCAGUGUUUUUAAUCUAUGGAGUAAUUUUCUUCCUGUAUUUUGAUUUCCUAGAUCAGAAUUUUUUAAUGCCAUCCUCAUUAAUUUGCCAAUAUGAUUUAAGUUGAAACAGUGUACUAUAUUGUAUAGUCUGACUUUCUUGCAAGUGGCAGAAAGCAAGGUUAUGUGCAUGGCUAUGUGUUUUGUAGGUGCAUGUGUUGAUAUAGGAAAUGUCAGUAUGUAUUUAGAUAAGUAAAACUUAUGUGCUAGUGUUGACUUUGAAAUUAUAACAUAUAUACCUAUAUAUUCUUUGUGUUUAUUUAAAAAUUUUUAAAAUAUACAGUAUUAUUUAUAUUUUUUGUACCUUUUAAUAGGCAUCCACUUAAGACGUUUGAGGUACAUAUAUUAACUAACCACUUCCUUGGCCCCAACUACAUAGAAAACUAACUAUACAUAUACCUAAGGUUAGUAGGUUUCUACAGCCAACUCAUUUUCUUAACCCAUAUAAGGAUAGAUUAAUACCAUUGGUCUCCUUGUUUAUUCUUUUAAAUAUUAAUAAAUAAAGAGUUUAAAUAGUUGAAACAGAUCAGCCUUCUAAAACGAACAUAAAAUAUCCACAAAAACUUUUAUAUAUCAUUCAGCAGUCUAUUAUGGCUUUCACUGUAUACUUGAUCCUCAGAGCUGGCCUAAGACUGCUUUAUAAACAAUAUAACUAAACAAUUAAUUUAUUUUGACAACUUCAGUAACAAACAUACCUUAAAUAUGGUUUAAAAAUAAAUUCAGUUAGGCUGAAUUCUAAUUUUGGCAAAAUUUUAGUAAACUUUUUUUUCAGCAUUUGGAGCAAUACAUAUUGUGAGAGGUAAGUUAUUCACUUUUUCCUUUUUUAACCUUUUCCCUGAAAUUAGUAGAUAAGAGACUAUUUCAGAUUUUUAUUAACAAAAUCAGGAACAAUAUUUCAUUGAGAGCUGAAUUGUAUUUUUUUGUAGUGUGCUACAUUCAAAAAGCCUUAAUCUAACCUUUGGCAUCCGUGGGUAGCAUAAGGGGCAGAAACUUUUUCGGUGGUCACAAUUUGCCAACAGUGAAUAUCCAUAUACUGAGAGCUGACAGUAAUAUGAACGUUGAGGUGCUUGGAAUUCUACAUGAAUGAUCUUAGAAGCAACUUUGCUGUCCAUUGUCUCUGUAUAAAGCCAACUACAUUACUAGAUAGUAAUUCUAUUUAAGCUUUUCUUUUACUACCGAAAGGUUAAUGAAUUCUUAUGACAAUGAUAUUCAAAGAGCCUUCUCCUUGUGAUACAUUCUAGCAGUUUAGAAAAAUUCACUUCAUCACAGUAUGAUCUGAGGUACAGUAGUUGUUUUUUGAAUCCCAGACUGCCUUAAAGGCUCAAGACUGUUGCAUGGUGAUGGCCAGAUUCAUAUUUUCCAAUAUGAACAGUUUCUGGGAGUUGAGCAGAAUUAAACUUUUAGAACAUGAGGUUGGAGCAGAUGAUAAGAAAGGGCUACAGAUCCAGUCUUUUAAUUCUUAUUUGUUCCAGGAAUAUCCUUUUCCAUAGGAAGACUGUAGGAAAAAAGUACCCUAGAUAUCAAGUGAUGUCACUCAGAUAAUAUGCUUUUCAUCUAAAAGGGAGAAAACACUGGGGAGGUGGGAGACUAUGGCAUAAGAUGAUGAACCUGGUAGGAAGAUGCUUCUGUGUAACAAUGGAACACAAGCCUGCCCACGGGCCGUGAGACACAGCUACUCCUCUCCUUCACUGUAUCUAUCCCAGGUAUCUGACGUGGGGCUGUGGUUCCUAACUUGAAUUACAAGUCAAAUAUUGAGAGUUGUUUCUUAAUUCUUGGCCUCACCCCAUGAUUACUAAAAGAGCAUUUCCAGGGGUGGGGAGGGAAUUUUGAGUCCUUAAUAACACAGAACAAAAUAUUUGCUAAUUAGGGAGAUUUGGAAGCAGUGACAUUCAUUGAUACCCUAAUGGAUGAGUAUCAUUGGAUAUGCGUAUUACUUCUCUGGGACUUCCUUAUCUGUAAAUUAAAAGGGCGAUAUUGUCACACAUCACAAUUUUGUGCCACUUGUUCUAACCAUCUGAAUGAAACAGUGGGAUACAUUUUAAGGUCUUGUGUUGACAAAAAUCAUAGAAUGUUAGAACUGAAAAAAAAAAAAACAGCAUCUACGCCAAGUCCUUGAUUGUAAAGUUGGAAAAAGAAAAAAAACAAGUAUUAUUUGAAUAUUCUGUCUUCUCUUUUAAAUAUUUUAUAAUUUUUUUAUGAAAAACCUAUCAGUUAAAUGGAAAUUAUCCUUGAAAAUACAUUUUUGAUGU